AUGAUUUCUUUACCGGUCAUUGAUAAAAAAGUAUUAGUAUUUAAUCUAGAUGACGUUAAACAGUUGAGGAGCUACGGCAUAUUGGGAGUAUUGAUUGGUACUUUACCCGUAGCCCCGCAGCAAAACAUAUUCUUAAACCUUCCAUUAGAACUAUCGAUUUAUGAAGUCAUAUGGUUGGUGGAAAAUGGGUUGGGGCGACUUGUUGAUAACUUGGGAGUGAAUUCGUUAUCGAGUAAUGAAAACGGUGUUCAUGAGAACUACUGCAUCACUGAAAAUGACUCCCGAAUUAGCGAGACUAUAUUGAAUCAAAAUCAAAUUUCUUUACAAGUUUUUUUGCAGCAUACAAAUCACGAGGUUUUACAGAAUUAUAAAGUAUAUAGGCAUAUCAAGAACAAAGGGUUUCAUUUGUUACCAGGUUUGAGGUUUGGUGGGUUGUUCGUAGCAUAUCCUGGAGACCCUUUGAGAUAUCACAGUCAUUUGAUAAUAAAUCGUUCUUCUAAUAUCAAUUGCUUGGAUCUAGUCACUGGUGGGAGAUUGGCCACUGGGGUUAAAAAAUCUUGGGUAAUAGCCGAUACCGUGGGAGAAGAAGAACAGGAUGAUGUCAUGUGUUUCAGUAUUGAAUGGGCUGGUUUUGGUUGA